AUGAAGCUCGUCGGUCUGUUCAUCUUCGCCCCGAUGGCAUUGGCUUUCCGCGCCGGCCCCGCGGCCCGGCGCGCCACGCCGCGGCGCGUGUCGCCGCCUGGCCUCGCCGGGCCCGCGUCGCGACCGGAGCUCGGCGCGAUCGCCGCGGGAAAGUCGUCGCCGUCGGCCGCGGACGGCGAGAAGCCGGCGUACAUCUUCAACCUCGUGGCGUCGCUGUUCUUCUCGACCUUCGCGCUGAUCGCACUCCUGCCGACGCUGCCGCCCGUGCCGAUGGCGCAGCAGGCGCCCAAGACCCGGCAAGCCGAGCGCGCGGCGCUCGUCCGCACGCUCCUCGACAAGAAGGGUAUCCAGUAG